UGUCUCCUCCUGUCUCCUCUCCAGGCCACCUCGCUCUCCCUGGGCUCUUCCUCUAGCCCCACUUAAGUCCCCCGGAGCUGCCCCCGAGCUCGGGCCUUGUCCUCCUCCUGCUGUCCCCCAGCCUCCCCAGUUUGUUUUUUUCUCCCCCAGGCGCGCCCCCUUGCAGGGAGCUUUCCCCUCUCUGGACCUGACCUUGGCCCCCACGCAUAAUUGAUGGGGGCCUCCCCUGGUUCCUGGUCUCCACACUUCGGCCAGUCCCCGGUGGUCACCGGCGGGGCCCCUCGGGCGGGCCCCUUCUGAGCGACCCUAGCCCAGCCUGCAACCGCACCUGCCUGGCCUCCCCUCCGACCCGCGGCCGCGGCCAUGGCUCCGGAAUGACCGGGGGAUGCCGGCCGCGUCCUUGGGCUCCCGCAGCGCGCUCCUCCUGGCCCUGAAGCUGCGCCUUCGCCUUCGCCCCCCCUCUCUCUGCCUGUCCGCUCGUCCCGCCUUCUCCUCGAAAGGCCGGGGAAGCCAAGAUGUGGCUCAAGCUUUUCUUCUUGCUGCUCUAUUUCCUGGUCCUCUUCGUGCUGGCCAGGUUUUUCGAGGCCAUUGUCUGGUAUGAGACGGGCAUCCUGGCUACCCAGCUGGUGGACCCGGUGGCGCUGAGUUUUAAAAAGCUCAAGACCAUUUUGGAGUGUCGGGGCUUGGGCUACUCCGGACUGCCCGAGAAGAAGGAUGUCCGAGAGCUGGUGGAAAAAUCCGGAGACCUGAUGGAGGGGGAGCUUUAUUCUGCCCUUAAGGAAGAAGAAGCCUCAGAGUCUGCUUCUAGCACCAACUUCAGUGGUGAAAUGCACUUUUAUGAGCUCGUGGAAGACACCAAAGAUGGCAUUUGGCUGGUUCAGGUCAUAGCGAAUGACAGAAGCCCUCUCGUGGGGAAAGUCCACUGGGAGAAAAUGGUGAAAAAGGUGUCCAGAUUUGGAAUACGCACAGGAACUUUUAACUGUUCAAGUGAUCCCAGAUAUUGCCGGAGGCGAGGUUGGAUACGCUCGACCCUUAUUAUGUCGGUGCCUCAAACCAGUACUUCCAAAGGAAAAGUGAUGCUCAAAGAAUACAGCGGGCACAAGAUGGAAGCCGAACAUAUCUUUAAGUGGAUCACCGCCCAUGCGGCUUCUCGCAUCAAGACCAUCUACAACGCGGGGCGCCUGAAAGAGGAAUGGGACAGGAGUGACCAGUACUGGGUGAAGGUCUACCUGUUUGCCAGUCUGGACCAGCCCCCAGCCUUCUUCUCGGCGCUCAGCAUCAAGUUUACGGGAAGAGUCGAGUUUGUCUUUGUCAAUGUGGAGAACUGGCCCAACCAGAGUUCUAUGAGCGACAUUGGCGUCUACGGUAUGCCGUCGUACAUCCUGAGGACUCCUGAGGGGAUCUACAGAUACGGAAACAACACGGGGGAGUUUCUGUCCCUCCGGGCCAUGGAUGCCUUUUUGCGCUCCUUACAGCCAGAGGUUAAUGACUUAUUCGUGUUGAGCCUGGUGCUGGUCAACCUCAUGGCGUGGAUGGACCUGUUCAUCACCCAGGGCGCCACCAUAAAGCGCUUCGUGGUCCUCAUAAGCACCUUAGGGACGUAUAACUCCCUCCUCAUCAUCUCCUGGCUGCCUGUGCUGGGCUUCCUGCAGCUCCCUUACCUGGACAGCUUCUAUGAGUAUAGCCUGAAGUUGUUAAGAUACUCCAACACCACGACGCUGGCCUCCUGGGUCAGGGCGGACUGGAUGUUCUACUCUUCCCACCCUGCCCUGUUCCUCAGUACGUACCUUGGACACGGCUUGCUCAUCGACUACUUCGAGAAGAAGAGACGCCGCCACCACAACGCCGACGAAGUGAACGCCAACAACUUGGAGUGGCUGUCGAGCCUGUGGGACUGGUACACCAGCUACCUCUUCCACCCCAUCGCCUCCUUCCAGAACUUCCCCGCCGACUCCGACUGGGAUGAAGACCCCGACCUGUUCCUCGAGCGCUUGGCUUUCCCGGACCUGUGGCUGCACCCUCUCAUCCCGACAGAUUAUAUUAGAAACUUACCCGUGUGGCGCUUCCGACGUCUGGGAGCCCCCUCCGAUGAGGACGGGUCCGAGGGGUCCCCGGAGCCUGAGAAUGACUCAGACGACAGCGAGAAUGGGGACGCUGUGCCCCGGGAAACGGCCCGGCCCCCUCCGCGAGGAGGCACCCGCGAGAGCGACGCCUGUGCCUGCGCCCACAGAUAUGGUCAGGCCGGUCCCCACGGGAGGGGCUGCGGGUCUCCCGGGCCCUACGACCCAGGGGACGACGGGGAGCCCGACUGGCUGGCCUGGCCUGCGGACAUGCUGCACUGCACCGAGUGUGUGGUGUGCCUAGAGAACUUCGAGCACGCGUGUGUGUUGACGGGUUUGCCCUGCGGCCACGUGUUCCAUCAGAAUUGCAUCCUCAUGUGGCUGGCGGGGGGCCGGCACUGCUGUCCGGUGUGCCGGUGGCCCUCGUACAAGAAAAAGCCGCCGUACGUCCAUCACCAGCCCUCGUCCGGCGACGUCCCCUCCUAACACCGGCGCCGUCCUCCGGAAGCUUCGGCCCUCCGACGGCCUGCCUUUUCGAUGUCAGUCCCAGUGUUUUGUGGUUUGAAGUUUAGUUUAAUGUUAGUGCCGUGACCAGAAAUAGACAUUAUGCUAACGUUUAUGCCAGAAUCCUUUGGUUGCCUUGUGUGUCCAAACUGAAUGCAUACUUAAUCGUACAGACUUUUCUUUACAACCCUGGAACUUCAGCAGCGAGUGUCUCUGGUAAGCACAAAGGGGUGAGACAAGUUAGGGUUCAGCUUCUAAUGAAAUGACAGUUGCUUCUCCUCAAUGUUUCCUCCCUUUUUACAGUCUCUCUGUUCAGCACCUUUGGUUGAAUAAUGUAUCUCUGAGACAUGAAAUUUAAAGAAAACCUAUGAAAUAAAUUAUUUUAAACCCAGAAGGCUGCAGACUUUCCAAAAUGAAAUCAUUUUUGAUAAAGUAAAUAAAUAUAGAGAUGUCUGAAUAUUUGAUUUAUCUGUAAAAACUAAUAAAAUAUAAUUUUGGUCUCUUUUACAAAAGAAUAACUUAAAUCAUUGGAGUCUGGUUGGCUGAGAAAUAGUGCUAUUCCACGUCA